AAAAAAAAACAAUGGCCACAUCGAGGGAUCUCGAUACCCUUAUCCAGUUGGAAGAAGAUGAAGAAUAUGACUUUGAGCUGGCACAACGCCGCAUGGAGGCUGAAAGAGCUGCUAGGGAGGUAGAAGCGUUCCAAAGGAACACCCUGAAUCUGGACAUCCCCCCACUUCCAAAUGGAAAAUCACACCAUCUUUUUAUUUCCCAUAGUAAUGAUCCUCCGGAAGAAGCGGAAUGGGCAGAGCAACUGGUCAACACCAUGGAGCGAGACUUUGGCUUGAAAUGCCUUUGGCCAAAACGAGACUUUACCCCCGGCCACGAUGUUGGAUCCUUGAUACAGAAUGGAAUCGUGUCUUCUGUGAAGGUUGUCUUCAUUCUGUCUCCUGCUUCGAUGGAAAGCCGAUGGUGCGAAUAUGAACGGAAUUUUGCGUUUGGCAUUUCUGUUGAGAACAGGGAAAAUCAGAUAAUUCCUGUAAUGUUAUGCCAGUGCGACUUUCCAGGCAUUCUGAAGACCCUGAAUUAUAUUGAUGUACCUGCCGGAGAGGACUAUGCAUUCAAAAUUCGGCGAUGCUUUGACGAAGACACACGAGAUUUUGAACAUCUUGUUCCUGAAAUGAUGAAAUACUGGAAAAACGAAAAAGGUGAGGGCAUAGUCCAGGCACUAUAUGUAUCAAAGCAGACACAAAUGGCGAGAUUGAUAAACAUUCCAGGUGUUGGAAUACAUACUGUGGUGUGA